CACAGACCAUACCAAGAGCAGGAAGAAACAGCAGAGAUGAUAGCAGCCAGGAUUGACAGAGAUGUUCAAAUUCUGAACCAUAUUUUGGAUGACAUAGAGUAUUUUGUUACCAAACUUCAAAAAGCUGCUGAAGCGUUUGCUGAACUUUCAAAGAGGAAGAAAACUAAAAAAAGUAAAAAGAAAGGACCUGGAGAGGGUGUUCUUACUCUCCGUGCAAAGCCGCCACCUCCAGAUGAAUUUGUUGACUGCUUCCAAAAAUUCAAGCAUGGUUUCAAUCUUCUGGCCAAGUUGAAGUUCCAUAUCCAAAAUCCUAGUGCAGCUGAUCUGGUUCAUUUUCUCUUUACCCCACUACAUAUGGUGGUGCAGACAACAGGAGGCCCMGAGCUGGCUGGCACAGUGCUCAGCCCCCUCCUGACUAAAGACACCAUCGACUUCCUGCGCUACACCGUCACCAGUGAGGAAGGGCAGCUCUGGGUCUCGCUGGGUGAUUCAUGGACCAAAGCCAGAGCUGAAUGGCCAAAAGACCAUUUCAUCCCCCCUUAUGUGCCCCGUUUCCGAAAUGGUUGGGAGCCUCCUUUGCUGAACUUCAUGGGAGCUCCAAARGAGCAAGAGCUCAACCACUUGGCCGAGUCUGUGGCAAACGUUGCAGAGCAACAGCGGAAGCAGGAGAUGAAAAGAUUGUCAAAUGAGCCUCCCGGCGUUCCCGACUACCCCCCGGCGGAUGGGUAUGCAUUCAGUAACACGGUGUACAAGAGGGGGCCUCUGCUGGACCAGGGGGCAGCGGUGGCUGCCUUUAAGCAAACUGUUAGCCGACAUGUAGAUAGAAACUAUGAGGCACACAACAAAGCACAGAACAAGAAAUAUGCCAAAUGCAAGUAUGAAUUYGUGGCAAGAAACAACAGUGAGCUUUCUGUCAUGAAAGAAGAGAUUGUAGAGAUUCUGGAUGACAGAAARCAGUGGUGGAAGGUUCAGAACAGAAGUGGCAGCACAGGCUUUGUGCCAAACAACAUUUUGGACCUGCUGAGGAAUACAGAAGGCGGUCAGGGAUGGCCGGAGCCUGCCUACACCCGCACCAUCCAGAAACAAAGGACGGACUAYGUGGCGAAACAGCCCGACCCGGUUCCUGCUACUCCUUCUCCGCCUCCCACGCCCGCUCCUGUGCCCGUGGCUGUCCCUCUGCCCCCCAGUGCCCCWGCACCCAUCCCAGUGCCCGUGCCCAAGGCGCCAGCAGCCGUCAGCCGCCAGAGCAGCACCUCCAGCGACAGCGGUGGCAGCGUGUCCCGGGACACCCAGAGGCAGAAGCAAAUUCCUGUGGAUCGCAGGAAAUCCCAGAUGGAGGAGGUGCAGGAUGAACUUGUUCACCGGCUCACCAUCGGCCGGAGCGCUGCCCAGAGGAAAUUCCACGUGCCACGGCCAAACGUCCCUGUAGUGAACAUCACUUACGACUCCUCUCCUGAGGAUGUGAAAGCCUGGUUACAGUCCAAAGGAUUCAACCCUGUGACUGUGAACAGCCUCGGUGUGCUGACGGGGGCUCAGCUUUUCUCCCUCAACAAAGAGGAACUGAGGACUGUUUGCCCGGAAGGGUCGAGAGUCUACAGCCAAAUCACGGUACAGAAAUCUGCCUUGGAGGCUAACAGUGGUAGUUCAGAACUGCAAGAAAUUAUGAGAAGACGGCAAGAAAAAAUCAGUGCAGCUGCCACAGAUUCAGGUGUGGAGUCCUUUGAUGAAGGRAGCAGCCACUAAAUGUGUUUCCUCUUUUCUUUAUUUCCAUUGUCCAUAGCAUUAAACCAUCSAGCUUUGCUUUAGGAAGCAGUGAAGGGGAAUGUCUUAUUAAAAUGUAAACUAGAGCCAACAUAAGGAAAAUUGACAGUAGUCUCCACAGAGUACCCGCUGCUGGCUAYUCAUCAGGAAAAAUGAACAGAUGAGAAAUGCAGUGGAGCUUCCUGACAGGUGAAAAUAUUGGUACGUGAUUCAUUUACAUCCAGAGAUGAGUCUUGGCUUUAUGGAAUUAACAUGACAGAUAAAUUGGAGCACAUCUCUGUGAUUCAACUGAGGGAAGCUGAGCCAGCAAUAAAAAACCAUUUGAACCCUUCAGUAAUAAUAAGAUUCUGAACCCCAUCUCUUGCUGUAGUGUGCAAUUAAUGUCUUUUUGGCUCAGUCUUUCUUGUCAGGCAUUUGGCUGCAGGAUGUUUACUUAAGCUGUUGACUCCAGCAAAUGUAGAGGAAAUCUUUAGGGAAUGAACAGCAGCCCAACAUAGACUGGAUCUUUCCUGCAUCACUCCCAAGAUGUUUAUUACUAAUGAUGCUGUUUAUAGCAAAAUAAUACUCUAUACAUUGAUUUUAUCCAUACUUCACCUGUGAUGAACUAUAUAAUAUUGAACAAGAAGGAGUAACUAGAAAACAGUAACACAACUCAAAGAGGUGAUGAGAUCUGCUGUAGCCAUACAACUCACAGUACUUUAAAAAAAAAAUAUAAUUACAUUUUUU